UAUAGUGGACAUAGAAUAAAAUACACACUGAGCUUGGUAUUCUAAGACCUACCUUUAUGUUUAUCUCUUACUCCUGCCUUAAAAAAGGCUUUCCCCACCUUCCAUGCUUCAAGUGCAAGGAUUGCUGCUUUUGCCUCCAUCUCAAAUUCUGACUCUCUGCUAGCACCUUACCAGUCCCAUCAUUGGGAUCAGUCAUCCCUCAACCUCCCCCUUAUUUCCACAGGCUUUUGUUCAUGUUACAGAGUUUUUCACAACCUGGCCUGUGUCUACCUCAACUGGACCCCACCACACAGGCUUGGUGGUUGAAUUGAAGGAUACAUGUCUACAUUGGUGAAAUAGAAUUCGGAUCAUCUGACUCAUGUUUAUUUAAUAAACCCAGUGAACGAAUGGGUAACAAAAUGUGGUAUAACCAUGCAAUGGACUAUUAUUCAGCCACGAAAAGAAUUAAAGUACUGAUACUAGGCACAUCCCCAGAAAUGCUUAAAGAGGAAAGCCAGCCAAGUCAUGUUUUACCCACAAGUUUUGAAGCCAACAGUUUGAAGAAAAGCAAUUGGGGAUUCUUAAUUACUGGGAUUGUUGGUGGGACUCUAGUGGCUGUGUAUGCAGUAGCCACGCCAUUUGUAACACCAGCCCUACGAAAAGUGUGUUUGCCUUUUGUACCUGCAACCACAAAGCAGAUUGAGAAUGUUGUGAAGAUGUUGCGAUGUAGAAGAGGAUCCCUGGUAGACAUUGGCAGCGGCGAUGGACGUAUUGUAAUAGCAGCUGCAAAGGAAGGAUUCACAGCUGUUGGUUAUGAAUUAAAUCCAUGGCUAGUUUGGUACUCCAGAUACCGUGCUUGGCGAGAAGGUGUGCAUGGCUCUGCCAAGUUUUAUAUUUCGGAUUUGUGGAAGAUGCUGCAGUUGGAGAAGAAACUUGAACUUGAACUUGAGGACGAUGCUCGAGUCAUUGCUUGCCGGUUCCCUUUCCCACACUGGACCCCGGACCACGUCACCGGGGAGGGGAUAGACACGGUGUGGGCAUAUGAUGCGAGGACUUUUAGAGGAGGUGCAAAGAGGCCCUGAAGAUCAACACACUUCUAGCUGGUCAUUCAAAUAUAAACUUUACCAAGAAUGCUUUUCUGAAACAUUGCAAUCUUCUCUGAUUGUGUGGAAACUCACAGCAGCUGUGUCUUGAACAGCAGAGCAUAUUUGUCUUUGGUAUAGGAUGACAGAUUACUGUUACUUCCCUUAACUUUAGGAGAAAACAAACAGAAGUUAAGAAAAACAGUUAGAUUUGAAUUUCGCUUUUAAUGGUUUAUUCUAAAAAACAUGCUCACUGCCUUUUCAUGCAUUGGUUGCAUGACAAUAUGAAGGUACAAUGGUCAUAUUCAUGGGUCCGAAAGAUGUCUACAGCUCUACACAUUAUAAACAGUAUGGUUUAAUGCCACAGAUGAGGAGGAGUGAUUUUUUAAAGAGAGAAAUGUAUUCAUAUUGACAAAUGCUUGCAGUUUCCUAUAGGUUUAUUCGUAUGUAAGUUUUCUCUCUUUGUUGUACUUCAUGGCAAAAUUAAGUUUUUGAAGGAUUCGGAGAGGCAUUUAUAUUUUAUAACAUUUAUUAGGAAUAAUUUGUUCCAAGGCUAGAUUACUGUAUUUUAUUGAAUCUAAGAUGUUUAUAUAUAUAUACAUGUGUAUACAUGGGUGUAAAUGUGUGUGUGUAUAUACAUUUUAAUAUUUUCAAAAAUUGCGACGUAUCUUCCAAUGGCAGGUGUUCAGUAGCUUUAAUUGGCAGUGUUGUACAUCAUGUAGGUGUAUACCAACUACAAUUGAUAGCAUCUUAAGUUUAAUGAAGUGUGAUAUUCAGAAAAGAUACAUGAUAAUAGUGGGGAGUUGGUAAGGAUUAAUAGCAAAAUAAGUGAUAAGUUUUGGUGUAGGCUGCCCUGGGUUCCAGUCCCUGUUUUGUCAUCAGCAGGAAGCCGUGGAUCUGUGACUUGGCGUCUGUGAGCCUGGGCUUCCUGAUACCCCUGCCCCUGGGGUAGUGGUAACCGAGCAGAGCACUGGAGACCAGUUUGUUAAACCCAAAGCACAUGGUCUUUGGUCUGUAAAUGGUAUUUGUUAUCUCAGGCACUAAGGAAAAGAUUAUUCAUGGAAGUUGCAGAUUAUUUCUGCUGGUCACUAUGAUUAUUCAUGGAAGUUGCAGAUUAUUUCUGCUGGUCACUAUUUUACGAGAGCAGCCAUUUAUUUAAUAUUUCUCAUUUAUGAGAGGAGACUGGACUGAUUCAAAUAAAUGACAAAUUAAGGAAAACCUUUGAAUGUGAAUAGACAUGUUUCAUAUAUCUGAAAAAGAGUAUUGAAUGGUGGCUUGAAUAAUCCCUGCUUAUCGCGGAGAGAGAUGGAACUCCCAGUCACACACCUGUAACCUAAACACCCAACUAUCUCGAUGGGGAUUUAAUGAAGUAAGGUGGUCACAUCUUUAAACUUAUAAAAAUACGAUCAACUUGUUACUUUUUAUUUAAAUGAGAACCACCUGGGGACAUGUUCAUUCAUCCAUUCAACAAAUAUGUCUUGAGCACCUGCUGUGUAGUAAGCUCUGCGUGAUUCCACGGUGAACAGACUCGCAAAGCCCCAGCCUCCUGGAACUCAUAUUCCGGAAGGGGGAGACAAGCAAGUAAGCCAGUCUCAGUGUGCGACAGAAAUGGACAGUGUGACAGCACGAGGGCAGCUGUGUGUGUCUGGGGGCGGGGGUGGGUUGUUGCAGGCAUCUCUAGGCAUCUGGUGGCUGCCAUGUCUUUCUGUCCCACCAGCUCCUAAUCUUUUUAGAUCUCCCGUGGUGUGUAGUUUUGGCGGGAGGGCAGUUCUUGGUGUGUGCUUCUCACCAUCGCCUUCCACUGUAGCCAGUUCUGCCUGUGACCCGUCUGGGCACACUUGGAGAGUGACCUGUGGGAGCUUCUCACCAUGCAGAUGUGGUGGUAGGGGAGGGUUUUGUGGAACUUUGGAGGGAUUAAGCAGCUUUGUAGAUGUGUCCCUGGUGGAUUUGUAGAGGCAUCAAGCUAUGUGCAGAGUUGUUAGUAACUUAUCAUUUUUGGAGUAUCUCCUUUAGCUUCUCAAGAAUUCAGUGAUGCUUGGUCCUGCAACCUCACAGUAAGGUGGACCAUUUCAUAUAAGCGUUGUGAUUCAUUGAGUCUGCAAGAUCUGUAAUCGCUUUUUUAAUAUUGUGGCUUGUUAAUUAAACUGUACAAUAAGGGUUUUCCUGUAAAAGUUAUUGUGGCCUCUCUGGCUGAUGUGAAUUUUUAUCUGUUAUUAGGUUAAGGACAUUGAUCCAAUUUGCACAUGACACAAGUCUGGGAAUGAGAGCUACUGUUGUUAGCUGUCAAACAGAAGAUUUAUAAAUAUCUAUGCAGAUGGAAAUCAGGGGCCAGUGCUAACUUAAUAAAAUUUAAAAAGAGCUAUAGAAAGAUAGUUUAGAGUGAUGUAGCCUAACAGGACCCGGGGUGAAUAGAAAUGGGGGUUUCUGUCAACACUCAGGCCAAUGGCUUGAGCGAGCUGCCCUCUGACUGCAUCUUCUUCCAAAAGCAGGAUCCCAGGAACACAACCCCAUCUCUCCCAAGUGGCCCAGGUGGCCCUGUCAGACCUUCAGUUGCUUCUGGUGUUCACACUCCCUCAAAUACUUAGCUCCACCAAGUGUACCUGAAACAAAGUUUAAAAGAUUUCAGAAGAGGCUCUCCUUCAGAGGCCGUGGCUGGGAAACAGCGUGCACUACCACAAGCCGUAGCCACACAGAAGAGAAGAAAUGCACAGUUCUUGACAUUUAAGCUGUGCAGCUGGGUGCCAUCCCUCUGCCAAAGUACUUUCCCUGAUGGCCAAAGGUAGGGAAGCCCUGACGAUGAAGAAAUAAAUGCUCUAAAGUCCAGCAGUCUUCUAAGCGUGUGCUGUUAUAUGCGUUUCUUAGCUUAUCCCCGGCUGAGCACUUUC